AUGCCAUCUUUCACCUCCAUCCACCUUGCUGAGCGACCUACAGAUGCCGUCAUCGCUGGCAAAACUUUUACAUCAAAACAGCAGGAAAUCCCAUCGGCAACCUCUCUCAAGGAUGGAGAAGUACUAUUCCAAACCCUCUACCUGUCCCUUGAUCCUGCGAUGCGCGGCUGGCUCAACCCUACACGGUCGUACAUUCCGCCGGUGGAAAUUGGCGCUGUGAUGCGCGGCAGCGGAAUCGGCCUGAUCAUCGCCAGCAAAAGCAAAAAGUUCCCUGUCGGCACGUAUGCAAGCGGCAUGUGUGGAUGGUCUGAGUAUGCUGUUCUUCACGAGAAACAUGUUGAGUCUCUGGACUUGCCACAAGGCGCUGUGCCAACUGAUGCGCUGGGUGUGUUGGGAAUGACAGGUCUGACUGCUUACUUUGGAUUACUGGAAAUAGGCCAAGUCAAGGCGGGUGAUUUUGUAGUCGUCAGUGGUGCAGCGGGCGCUACAGGAAGUGUCGUCGGUCAGAUUGCCAAGCUCAAGGGCGCAAGAGUACUGGGUCUCGCUGGCGAAGACAGUAAAGUGGCCUGGCUCAAAGAAGAGCUCGGUUUCGAUGAGGCGCUCAACUACAAGGAUCCUGAGUUCCAGAAGAAGUUUCGUGCUGCGACAAAGGGACUAAUUGAUGUGUACUUCGACAAUGUGGGCGGAGAAAUUCUCGACCUCGCGCUUUCGCGGGCCAAGCCAUUCUCGAGAUUUGUCAUGUGUGGUGCAAUUUCAGAGUACAACAAGAAGAAGCCACAAGGGCCAAAGAACUACAUGAUGAUUAUUUCUAUGCGUAUUCGUAUGCAGGGUUUCGUCGUCUUCGACUUUGCGGACAAGUACGCUGAAGCGCGCAAGCAGCUCGCACAAUGGCUCUCAGAAGGCAAGCUGAAGCGCAAGGAGACUGUUGUCAAGGGUGGUAUUACGAAAGCUGAGGAGGCUUUGGUUGGACUCUUCGAAGGCAGAAAUACUGGCAAAAUAAUGGUACAGGUGGCAGACCUAGAGUCGGUGAAGGCAAAGCUAUAGGAGAUAUUUGACAAUGGGCUUGUCUAACAUCUUUCUAGCACAGAUUAGUUGGGUAUCUUACUAUGCUAGAGUGACCUGCAGGGAAAAUUCUCGAUUUUCACAAGCUUUGUAAUUAUGUACUAUGACCGACACAACAACUAUUCACUCAUAGUAAAGAUACUGUCUCAUUUAUGCAGCAUAUGUACUAGAU